CGUCAGUCGACGGGCUCGCACGAACUCAAGGCACUGGAGAACAUGGCUGACAUGCCCGCUCGUCGUCGCGCCAGCAUGAAGCAUGCGCCCACGACAUGGGACUACUAUGUAUGCCUUGUCUGCAUUGUAUGGCCGAUUCGGGCGAUUGUACUCUUGACGCCUAUCGCGCUGACCUUUCUCGCGGUGAAUCAAAUCGGGUGGCUGGGGGAUGCCCUCCCUAGACUGCCUGCGCUGGUGGGAAUGGUCUACUGUGCCUCGGAAACACUCUUCACAUUGUACUACCUCCACACCAAAUGGCGACUCGGGCAACGCAAGCUCGAUCCACCCCACCUGAUUGCAGAUCUUGCUUCCCGGCGCCAUGCCCCAUCGUCAGUGAUGGAAUUCUUUGAACGGAUGGUGCGCCAUACACCCAACGUCAAAGAAUUCGUCGAACAGUGGUUCUACGACACUCCAUUUGAAUUCCUCACUCGUCCAGACAUCCAAAUGCUCCUCGCAUAUAUAUUUUACUCCAGGGAAUGGCACGACAUGGCACAAGAGGACCAACAUGACGUCGACAAGAUGGUGGAUCGACUGUACGAACUGACCCAAGUCCCCGAGCCUCGCCACGCAUCGACACAGCCGACCCACUGCAUCCGACACACGCUCGACCCGUUCGAGUCCGUCGCGCGGCCGUGGCUCAUCUACGCCGUUACGAUCGGAAUGGAUGCGGUCAUGAACGUCUUUCUCCGCCUCGCGGGGUUCCGCCGAUACCCCCUCACGAAGGGCCUCCGGUACUGGCACCGAGGCGCGACGACGACGACGCCGGUCGCCGAGCCGCUCGUGUUUGUGCACGGGAUCGGGGCCGGUCUCAUGCUGUACUUGCCGCUGGUGUGGUACCUCGUGACAGCGCACGAGAACCGUCCGAUCCUGCUGGUCGAGACCCCGUGCGUGUCCAUGCAGCUGGUCGAGGACGUCCCGACGAAGCGCGACACGCUCGUGGGCCUGCAGGUGAUGCUGGCGGCGCACGGCAUCGAUAAGGCGCACUGGAUGGGCCACUCGCUCGGGACGGCGAUCUGCAGCUGGGUCUGCCUCGAGCUCCCGCACACCGUCAGUCACGCCACGUUCAUCGACCCGAUCGUGUUCUUUCUGUGGAAGCGCGACGUCGCGUACAACUUUUUGUACCGGCGUCCGACGACCGGCAUCCAGGUCCUGUUGUGGUACUUUGCUUCGACCGAGGUGCACAUUGUGCACGUGAUGCGCCGCCACUUUUGGUGGUACAACAUCGUGUGCUUCCCCGAGCACUUGCCGCGCGACCCCGUGACGAGCCACGCCGCGGCAUCCGUGUUUCUGUCGAGCCAUGACUUGAUCAUCAACGCCAACGACGUGCACGGCCACCUGGCGACCGGGGGCGACGUCGAGGUCGUCUGGUGGGACGGGUUCACGCACGGCGAGAUGCUGCUGCACCCGCACGCCCUCACGACGGUCACGUCCCAUGUCAAGUGCCGCAGCGUGAUGACCAAACCGCUCCAGCACGUCGCCAAGUGGACCGGGGCCGCCUACAUCGCGAACCGGUUCGAUUUGGCCGUCGCCCCUGUAGAGCCCAGUCGAAGCGACUAAGUCAGCCACAUCCCUAACGACGACGUUAGCGAUGAAAUACGGAGUAGCGUUUGACCUGGCUGUCCGUGAGCCAAUCCACACGCGGUCCACAAGAAAUACUCGUGCUUUGUUCACGCACGAUCGAGAUGGCGACGAUGUCGCAGUCGUGGGCCUGCCAGCAACUGUGCUGUCGAGUCGACUGCUUGCUUCCAACCGCGUCACCCUCAUUGUCCCGUCCCAGAGAACAUCGCUCCAAAUAAGUUUCAAAAUAUCUCGUUCUGUCUUGG